UGUGUUCACUUCAGAGUGGGGACACACACCCCAGGAGGAAGCCCUGAGCACCACACACACACGCAGAGAGGCUUUCAACAGCUACAUACAGCUUCUCUACAGACCAACACAACAGAUUAGUAUUCCGGAUGAAGAUCCGUUCCACCUGAACUCCGCUCCGUUCCCUCCCAAACCUCCUGCACUGAAACCUUCCACCCCUCCGACACUCCGAGAGGGCUUCUUUCCUAAUCACAGCCUGGCCAGGAAACCUGACACGACACACAUGCAGGCAGGCGUGAGGUCUCGUCCCCUUAAUGCCUCACUUGGAUUCAUCCCAAACUCAGUGGUGGUGGGGCAGAUGUGGCCUGACGAGGUGCUGGAGAACACGAUACCCCCCACACAAUGGGCACUCUGGGGCAAACACACACACUACACUGAGGAGAAUAAAGUGGACAGUGUGCAGUGUUUGGAUCAGGAGGAGGAUGAUGAGUUCAGCAUGAACCAGUUCCUGCACCUCAUAGAAACAUCAUCUGAAACAGAAAGCCUGACUCCACCCCCUCCUGUGACUCCACCCCCAGAGAAGCCCCCACCAGAAAAACCCAAAUACACGCUGAAGCCACUGAAACCCCUCCCUCCUAUUAAAACAACCCCACCCCCGACUCCACCCAAACUGGUACCACCCCCUUCUGUAGCCACACCUCCUCCUCCACCACCACCACUACCACCACCACCACCGCUACCUGACUUCCUGAACCAGUUCUUGCAAGAGGAGUGGUUUCAAAACAUGUACCCUGAUCCAGUGUGUAUACCCGCAUCCCUGAGCCUGACCGAGUUCUGCGCUCUGCUGCUGGAAUUCCUGAAACGUUGUGGUAUGAACCAGAAGCAGAGUGUCCUCAAAGCCAUCAUCACACUGCACACACACAACUCUCUCAACAACACACACACCAUCACACACAGCCUGCUGGACACACUGCACACCUGCCUGCAAGGAGACAUGUCAGAUUUGGAGCAGCACUUUGCGAUGGAGUUGCUUAAUUUCUUGGUGUGUGUAAAUCCUCACAGCUUCGACAUCACAGUGGAGAUACUCCUCCUGCUCGCAGAUAAGCAGCUGAGAUUACAAGGCGUAGCAGUGUGCAUGUUGCAGGCUCUGGGAGUGGGCAACGCCCAUCAGUGGCUCCUCCCUCAGCUGGAGUCGUGGAUCCCCGAGGCACAGAAACACACCGAUCCUCAGAGCUGUCUCAGAGAGUCGGCACACCGCUGGCUCAACAGCUGGACAGAAAAAUACAAAAUAUACAAGAGUGCUGGAAGAAAGAGUGCGGUUGUCUCGAAGGUGAUUUCACCCUCCGAGGUUCUGCGCUAUUUCUGCUGGGUGCAACAAGAGGCACAGGUCCGACCACGAGACAGGAACGAUACGGUGGAAGGCUGUCCAUCGCCUGGGCGAGACCAACAGCAUGACGCGUAUACGGGAACUUCGAGGACCGUGCUUCCCUCCGCUGACGUCCAGGUCGCCCCUAGUUCCUGGUUUUACUCGGCUGCUGUCUCUGCCGUUACCUCGAGUCACCGGGUCUUCGUUCCCUUUCGCUCUGGAGGUUCAGUGUCUCAAGCAGGCACCUCGGCAGCGCUACUUCCUGCUAGAGCGAUCCUACGUCCAGACUUAAAAAUUUUGCUAUUCUGUAGGCUUAGAAAUAUGAAUGAAAAGAUGGCAAGCAUUCGACUAAAUCUAAUAGAAGACUAUAGUGUAUGUGUGUGUGGACAAAUUUUUUGUAGAAACCCAAGAAUAAGACUGGCUUAUUGAACAUCCCAUUUUACAUUUAGUCCUUAUUUGAUGAUAUAUUUGACCUCCAGUCUACUGGGAAGAUGUUCCACCAGAUUUUGUUGUCCUCAAUCAGCCACAAGGAUGUUAUUAAAAUCAGGUACUAAUGUAGGUGAGGUGAGGAGGCCUGAGGUGCAGUCAGCAUUUACAUUCAUCCCAAUAGAUGUGCAAUAAGUUUGGAGCUCUAAAGCAGGAGAUCUUCCACUCCAACCCAUGGAAAGCAGAUCUUGUGGCUUGCACAGGAGCAUAGUCAAGCAACAGGUUUUUGUCCACAUAGAAAGAGACACCAAGAUUGCUGUAAGAAACGCUUUGGUUUGUUUUUAUUGAAAAGCAGAAAUACAGAAUUAAGGUAUGUUGCAAAACUAUACAGGAUGGAAAAAUGUGAUUCAAUGCUACAUGACAUGAUUGUACAAAUGCAGAUAAUCAAUUCUUUUGCACAUUUAACAACCAUGAGCUGGUCUGAUUUAGCUGAACGGAUCAUAGUUAUUGCAGAGAUACGUAGAUACUCAUCUAUCCAUCCAUCUAUCCAUCUAUCCAUCCAUCCAUAUGCUAGGUUCAUCGCUAAUUAUUAAUCCUCCAGAUGCUAGAAUCAUACCAGAAAUGUAAAAAAUACUUACCUUUUUUUUACAUUUACAUCCAAUUAUUCACCAACAUAAAUGCCCAGAGGUCAUACUUCCUUCACCGAGACUGAUACAUAAUAGCCACAUUUCUACACUGAGACACCCAGUGACCACACCACCUUCACUGGCACUGACAUACAUAGAGGCCACGCCCCUUUACUGAACCCCCAUUGGACAUGACUGCACCAAGACUGGCACACAAAGAGGCCUUCACCUUCACUUAUUCACCCAGAAGGCACACCUCCUUAACUAAGACUACUCGAAAACACCCAAAAGCCACACCCUCUGUAUUGAAACACCCAGAAGGCACACCACCUUAACUAAGACUGAAACACCCAGAGGCCACACCUCAUUUACUGAGACACCUAGAGGAAACAUCUCAUUUACUGUGACACCAAGGGGCCACACCACCUUCAAUAAGACUGAGACACCCAGAGGUUACACCUCAUUGACAGACACCAAGAGGCCAUGCCUCCUUCAGGAAGACACCCAGAGGCCACUCCCACUUCACUGAGAUUAACACAGAGGCCAUGCCUCCUUCACUAAACCGAUACAUACAGAAAUAUGCUGAAGGAAAGAUUAAAAAUAAAUGUAUAGGAUUCAUUUUAGCGCCAUCAUGACCCCAGCAACUUCCGCUGGUUGACACAUGAAGGUCUGAUAAACAGCACCUUUGCCCCUAAAGUGCAAGUUCUGCUCAGUUUUACAAAUUUAUCAGGGCAGUGGUUGCCAGAGGGAGAAGAUCCUUAGCUGUCUAACCUACUUAAC